AUGGCGAGCUUAGCCGACGGAGGAAAACGCCGCGUCAGUUACUUCUACGAGCCAAUGAUCGGCGACUACUACUACGGCGUUAACCAGCCAACGAAACCUCAACGAAUCCGUGUCACUCACAACCUCAUCCUCAGCUAUAACCUCCACCGCCACAUGGAAAUCAACCACCCAGACCUCGCCGAUGCUUCCGAUUUCGAAAAAUUCCACUCGCUGGAGUAUAUCAACUUCCUCAAAUCCGUCACGCCGGAAACCGUAACCGAUCCUCAUCCUUCCGUCUCUGAAAACCUCAAGCGCUUCAACGUAGAUGUGGAUUGGGACGGUCCUGUCUUCCAUAACCUCUUCGAUUAUUGUCGUGCUUACGCUGGUGGUUCUAUUAGCGCCGCCGCGAAAUUGAACCGUCAAGAAGCCGAUAUUGCCAUAAACUGGGCCGGUGGUAUGCACCAUGUGAAGAAAGAUAAAGCUUCUGGCUUUGGUUAUGUCAAUGACGUUGUGCUUGCGAUUCUCGAGUUACUAAAAUCUUUCAAGAGAGUUCUCUACAUAGAAAUUGGUUUUCCUCAUGGUGAUGAAGUGGAAGAAGCAUUUAAGGAUACUGAUAGAGUAAUGACUGUUUCUUUCCACAAAGUUGGGGACACCGGAGACAUAAGUGACUAUGGGGAAGGGAAAGGACAAUACUAUUCACUCAAUGCACCAUUAAAGGAUGGUUUGGAUGAUUUUAGUCUUCGUGGUUUGUUCAUUCCUGUUAUCCACAGAGCUAUGGAAAUCUAUGAGCCAGAAGUAAUUGUUCUUCAGUGUGGUGCUGAUUCUUUAGCUGGUGAUCCGUUUGGUACAUUCAACUUGUCUAUCAAGGGUCAUGGUGAUUGCUUACAGUACGUAAGAUCUUUUAAUGUUCCUCUCAUGAUCUUGGGGGGUGGAGGUUAUACUCUUCCAAAUGUUGCUCGUUGCUGGUGCUAUGAGACGGCGAUUGCGGUUGGAGAACAACUUGACAAUGAUCUCCCAGGCAAUGAUUACAUGAAGUAUUUUCGUCCAGAUUACAAGCUUCAUAUAUUGCCAACCAACAGGCAGAAUUUAAACACACGAUUAGAUAUUAUAACAAUGAGGGAAACUUUACUAGCGCAACUUUCUCUAGUAAUGCACGCACCUAGUGUACCGUUUCAAGACACUCCAUCAAGCAGUCAAGCCACUGAAGCGGCGGAAGUGGACAUGGAGAAGAGAAAUGAUCCACGCAUUUGA